AUUCUCAAACGGUUGAUAAAUUACUCUGAAGACAUGAAUGCAGGCUUUACGUCAUUUCCGAUUUCCUUGGAUGCGGAGGUUUUGAGAAUAUUUUGAUAAACACAGCAUGAGCGUGCAUUCCAUUUCCUUCAAGCAGGAAUCGGCACAUAAUGACAGCAUCUGGAGUGCAGCCUGGGGACGCAGUGAUCAAGAUUCGCUGGGAGCAGAAACCAUUGUCACAGGUUCGGUGGAUGACUUAGUGAAAAUCUGGAGAUGGCAAGGAGAAAAGCUAGAAUUGCGACACACAUUGGAGGGACACCAGUUGGGAGUGGUUUCAGUGGAUAUCAAUUCCACUGGGACAUUGGCUGCUUCCAGCAGUCUAGACAGUCAUGUGAAAAUCUGGGACUUAGAGAAUGGCAAACAAGCAAAGUCAAUUGAUGCUGGGCCAGUGGAUGCCUGGACCAUUGCAUUUUCUCCAGAUUCCCGCUUCCUUGCAUCAGGCAGUCACACAGGAAAAAUCAAUUUGUUUGGGGUUGACAGUGGAAGGAAAGAGACAUCACUUGACACCAGAGGAAAAUUUACAUUGAGCAUAGCUUAUAGCCCAGAUGGAAAGUACAUUGCUUCAGGUGCCUUAGAUGGAAUAGUAAAUGUCUUUGACAUCUCAACUGGAAAACUUAUCCACACCUUGGAAGGUCAUGCCAUGCCAAUCCGAUCGCUGUGCUUCUCCCCAGACUCCCAACUUCUGGUGACGGCAUCAGAUGAUUGUCACAUUAAGAUCUAUGAUGUACAGCAUGCAAAUUUGGCUGGGACAUUGUCAGGCCAUGCUUCUUGGGUUCUGAGUGUUGACUUUUGUCCAGACAACACCCACUUUGUUUCUGCGUCAUCUGACAAGUCUGUAAAGAUCUGGGAUGCAGGAACAAGACAGUGCAUCCACACCUUUUAUGAGCACACGGACCAGGUUUGGAGUGCCAAGUAUAGUCCAUCUGGAACACGGAUUGUGUCUGUUUCUGAUGACCGAGCCAUCCAUGUCUAUGACUGCCCUACAUAACUGACAUAAUAUGAUGGACUAUCUAUGAAGAAACUUGAGAUUUGAAGUUAAGCUACUAAAGAGUUUGUGGCAAACAUGAACAUUUACUUUCCUGGACAAUAUUUUUUAACUACAUGAUGUACAUAUGUGAAAUUAAAAAAAAAAAUUAAGAUUGUG